AAACCAAAUACAUACCUCAAACUCAAACACAAGAAAUGGUUUCCAACAUUGAUCACAAGGCUAUGGAAGCACUCCUCCGUGGCCAAGGAUGCGCUAACAACCUCAAGAUUCUCCUUGAAAACGGCGAAAUAAGCUCAGUUUCAACAGAACCACUCAUCCACACCAUUCUCGAUUCUUUCUCACUUGCUCUGUCUUUUAUGGAUUCUCCUAAUCAUCCACCAUACCAUGAAUCCUCUUCUCAUAACAUGGCAAGUCAUAUGUCCCGGAGAUCAUCUAAGCAAAAACUUUGUGUAGCAGAAGGUUUAGUGAAUUACAAUCACGAUUCCCGGACUAUGUGCCCCAAUGAUGGCUUCACCUGGAGGAAAUAUGGACAAAAAACCAUUAAAGCCUCAGCGCACAAAAGGUGUUACUAUCGGUGUACCUAUGCAAAAGACCAAAACUGCAAUGCUACAAAGCGGGUGCAGAAGAUCAAAGACAACCCUCCAGUGUACAGAACCACUUACUUGGGAAAACAUGUGUGUAAAGCUUUUGCAGUUCAUGAUGAUACAUAUAGUUCCACGAUGAUUCGAUUCGACCAAGUUGUUCCUGAACCGAUUAUGCCGCAGCUCACAACAAUUGACCACCAAGUAAUUACCGUGGAGGAAAACUCCGCAGAACAUAUCAUGAACCAAGAAUGUGAUAUUAAUGAUUAUUUGGUGGAUGAUGACCCAUUUUGGGCUAGUCAAUUUCCCCCGUUUCCAUCGAGUGACACAAUGUUCUUGGAAAACAUUUCUGCUUUUGAUUAGAACCUUAUCCAGGUUUUGAACAACAAAUCUAUCAAGCUUUUUAUGUUGUCAUGGUGGAUAUUGAUUGAUUC